AUGGCGAUGAAAAACACAUCCCUGGCCAUACUCCUUGCCACGACCGUGUCCCGGCCGCCUGCGAAGCCCAAAAUUUGUCCCCGAUGUCUGCGAUCAUUUUCGACCAGCCGGGCAAUGCAGGCAGGUCACAACAAGUGGUCCAAGACGAAACAUAUCAAGGCAGUGACAGAUAAGAGGAAGAUGGCGGAGCGAACGGCAUUCACCAAACUCAUUGCAAUGUACUCGCGAAUGUACGGAGACGACGUCAAAUCCAACCCGCAGCUAGCAAAUGCCAUAGCAGCUGCCACCAAAGCGAGCGUCCCCAAGGCCCUUGUGGAAGCAGCAAUCGCUCGCGGCCAAGGCAGAUCAGCAGCUGGCGCGCAACUAGAAUCAAUGACCUUUGAGGUACUCAUGCCUCCGAAUAUUGCAUUAAUCGCCGACAUAGAAACCGACAACAAGACCCGAACCCUGCAUGACGUCAAAUAUGCCGUCAAGAGAGCCGGCGGUGUCGUUGGCUCAACUUCGUUUUACUUCUCGAGGCGCGGCCGAACUAUAUUCAAGAAGAAGCACGGCGGGCCAACUCUGUCUGAUCUCCUAGAAGAGGCCAUUGAACAUGACGGAGCCGACGACGUACAAGAAUUACCAGACGGGGACUUGCUGGUGUUGACACAACCGGCACACUUGAUGGCCAUCACGGAGGCACUCUGCAAGAAAUUUGAGCUCGAGGUCGUCGAGUCGGACAUAAUCUGGGCUGCAAACGAAGAUACCAAGGUUGCAAUCGACACUAAGCAAUCUGGUGAAAGCUUGGACGUGCUUUUAACUGGGUUGCGAGAGCAUCCCGAAGUCAAGGCAAUCUUUGCAAACAUCAGCCAGGGUAGCAUAACCGAGAAAGAGUGGGAGAAGAUAGAGCGGCACAUAGAUGUUUAG